UCAGCAGCUAUUUAUAAGAAACAACAGAAGCUAUCAAAUGCAGCAAAAAUGAAGCACUCUUCUGGAAACAUUAUAAACUAUGUGACCGUCGAUGCAUAUCGGAUUGGAGAAUCCCCAUACUGGUUCCAUCAAACAUGGACAACAAGUGUUCAGCUUUGCAUUGCUCUGGCAAUUCUAUACAAUGCGGUUGGUGCUGCAAUGAUUUCAUCUUUGGUUGUCAUCAUUCUGACCGUACUGUGCAACGUUCCAUUGGCUAGACUGCAACACAAAUGUAAGACUAAACUUAUGGAAGCACAAGAUGUGAGAUUGAAAGCCAUGUCUGAGUCAUUAGUUCAUAUGAAGAUCUUGAAACUUUAUGCUUGGGAAGUUCACUUCAAGAAGGUCAUCGAGGGGCUGAGAAAGGUUGAGUACAAGUUGUUGUCAGCAUUUCAGCUUAUGAGGGCAUACAACAGUUUCAUGUUCUGGUCUUCACCUGUUUUGGUUUCGGCAGCGACCUUUCUGACAUGCUAUCUUUUGAAAAUCCCUCUUGAUGCUAGCAAUGUCUUCACCUUUGUGGCAACUCUACGUCUUGUGCAAGAACCAAUAAGGUUAGUACCAGAAGUUAUUGCCGUUGUGAUACAAGCUAAGGUUGCGUUCACUUGGAUAUCAAAGUUCCUUGAUGCACCUGAGCUAAACGGGCAAGUUAGGAAAAAAUACUUUGUUGGCAUUGAUUACCGUAUAGAGAUGAAUCUGUGUAGCUUCUCGUGGGACGAGAACACAUCAAAACCAACUCUAAAGAAUAUAAAUCUGAUUGUCAAAGGUGGAGAAAAGAUUGCGAUUUGUGGAGAGGUAGGAUCAGGAAAGUCGACGCUUUUGGCUGCUGUACUCGGAGAGGUACCAAAAACUGAAGGCAUGAUCCAACUCUGCGGAAAGAUAGCAUAUAUUUCUCAGAAUGCAUGGAUCCAAUCAGGAACUGUGCGAGACAAUAUUCUCUUUGGAUCAUCGAUGGAUGAGGAAAAAUACCACAACACACUCAUGAGGUGUUCGUUGGUCAAGGAUCUUGAAAUGUUGCCAUAUGGAGAUUGCACUCAAAUUGGGGAGAGAGGAGUAAAUCUUAGUGGUGGUCAGAAGCAGCGCGUCCAGCUUGCUCGUGCACUAUACCAAAAUGCAGACAUCUAUCUUCUUGAUGACCCUUUCAGUGCUGUUGAUGCCCAUACAGCCACAAGUCUUUUCAAUGAAUAUGUCAUGAGUGCUCUAUCAGAGAAGACUGUUCUUUUGGUGACGCACCAAGUGGAUUUUCUACCCAUAUUUGACUCCAUUUUGUUUAUGUCACAUGGAGAGGUUAUUCGGUCUGCACCUUAUCAAGACCUAUUGGUAGAUUGUGAAGAAUUUAAAGACCUUGUAAGUGCCCAUAAAGAUAUUAUUGGAGUUUCGGAUCUUAAUAACAGCAAACCCACUCAAAGACCUAAGGAAGUAUCAAUAACGGAGACACUUGAUAUUCAUCGAAGUAGAUAUACAGAGUCUGGGAAGCUAUCGCCGGCAGAUCAACUGAUCAAGAAAGAGGAAAGAGAAACAGGGGGUGCAGGUGCUAAGCCUUAUAUGCUUUACCUGCGCCAGAACAAAGGCCUCCUUUAUUUCUCGUUGUCAAUGAUUGCCCACACAUUUUUUGUAGCUGGGCAAAUAUUACAGAAUUGGUGGAUGGCUGCUAAUGUCCAGAAUCCUCAUGUUAGUGCGCUGAAGUUAAUUUCCGUGUACAUUAUUACCGGAGUUUGCACAAUGUUCUUCUUGCUAUCAAGAUAUUUGCUGGUCGUGGUUCUUGGGAUCCAGACAUCAAGAUCCAUAUUUUCCCAGUUGCUCAAUUCAUUGUUCCAUGCACCAAUGUCCUUUUUUGACUCUACUCCUCUAGGAAGGGUUCUUAGCCGGGUAAGAAUUCUCAAUGAAUGGAAUGUUAAACAGCGUUGCUAUGGUGUCAAGGUGGUUCGGUUCAACCAUAUAUUCUGGUGCAACCGCAUAGACUAGAUAGAUAUUCUCUGUAACAAUAUUCUCCUUCUAGUUUAUCCCUUGUACUCCAAGUAGCUUAUCCCUUGUAUCUCAAGUUUCUAUCCCAACAACUUGUACGCUAUCAGGGAGUUGCGCCCCUGUCUUUAUAAC